CUGCGAUACCAUCACCCUUCGUGUACUCAGUACUGUGUAGUCAGCAGCAACCUCGUGGUGUUGUGGAAAUUUGUGUGUGAUAUUCUCCAGACUGUAGAACUGAAGCGAUGGACCAGGGGCCAACUAAGUGGAUAAAAAAAGAUGAAACUGAUGAAGUACAAACUGAGUUACACUUCAUAGGCCAAGAUUAUCCAUGCAGCAUGAAUGUAAAAGAAGAGUUGGAGAAGGGUGUGAAUAAAGAGUUUCUUGAAGACCCAUUAAAGGCUGGCGACCCUAGUGUUUGCGUGCAGCAAGACCCCGAACUGAAACACCAUGCUGCUGGAUCUGAGCAUAAUUCUGUUGAAGAUCCAUUGAGAAUAUCUUUGUCCACUGAUUUUAUCAAGGAGGAUCCUGAAUUAAAUAUAACUGAGAAUACUAUUUACUCAGACUACUGGUGGGAGGUGCAGCAUAUCAUGUGAAGAACCUUGUCACCAUAGACUGGUCCAGGAUGAGUUGGUGAUAGACAUGGAGAAGUCAACACAUGGGUUCAGUACCAAUACAGAAGAUCUGACUAUUGAUAAGGAAUGCUCAGUUGCCACCCAAUAUGACUGUAGUACGAGGGAAAAGGAAUUACAUGUAUAUAGCUGUAAUUUCUGCCAACAAAGCUUUUCUUCAAAAUACAGACUCAUAAUGCAUGUGUUUACGCACAUUGGUGGAACGCAACCACCUUCGUAUGUUUGUAAGUGGUGUGGUGAGGUAUUCCACAGUAAUGUUGGCUUGAAAAAGCAUAUGAGAAUGAGUGAGAAUUGUCGAGUUUCAACUGCAGACAGUCAUGAAAAAUAUGGACAUGGUGAUGAGCAUCAAACCACUACCUCGUUGGAUAGCGAGGCAGAAGUUUCUGUCACAGAACACAAUGACCAGUCUUCAUGUAAGGAAACUUGGAAAGAUGCAAACAAGCCUUCUAAUGACAUAUGUAACACACAUAUGACAAAUGAUAGAGAGAAAACUAGUUAUUAUGGAACUUUGUCUAUAGCUGUUAAUGUCAGUGCCCAGGCUGAUCUACUUACUGCAAACAGAACUCACAGAUGUGGUAUUUGUGGCAAAUUGUUUGCUAGGUCUGGUGAUUUCAACAUACAUGUUUCCAUUCAUACUGGGAAAAGACUUCACAAAUGUGAUAUUUGUGAGAAAUGGUUUGCCCAGUCACGUUAUCUAAAGGCUCACACAUUAAUUCACACUAGGAAGAAACCUUACAUGUGUAAGAUUUGUGGGAAAUCUUUUACUAUGAUAGGUGACGUCAAGAAACACACAUUAAUUCACACUGGAAAUAAACCUCACAAAUGUGAGAUUUGUGGGAAAUCUUUUACUAAGUUAGGUAAUCUCAAGCAACACUCAUUAAUUCACACUGGAAAGAAACCUCACAAAUGUGAGAUUUGUGGGAAAUCUUUUACUAAGUUAGGUAAUCUCAAACAACACUCGUUAAUUUACACUGGAAAGAAACCUCACAAAUGUGAGAUUUGUGGGAAAUCUUUUGCUGCGUCAGGCUCUCUCAAGCAACACUCAUUAAUUCACACUGGAAAUAAACCUCACAAAUGCGAGAUUUGUGGGAAAUCUUUUACUAGGUUAGGCUCUCUCAAGCAACACUCAUUAAUUCACACUGGAAAUAAACCUCACAAAUGUGAGAUUUGUGGGAAAUAUUUUACUAUAUUAAGCAAUCUUAACAAACAUUUAUUAAUUCACACUGGAAAGAAACCUCACAAAUGUGGGUUUUGUGGGAAAUAUUUUACUAUAUUAGGCAAUCUUAACAAACAUUUAUUAAUUCACACUGGAAAGAAACCUCACAAAUGUGAGAUUUGUGGGAAAUCUUUUACUAUGUUAGGUGAUCUCAAGAAACAUGUAUUAAUUCAUACUGGAAAGAAACCUCACAAAUGUGAGAUCUGUGGGGAAUCUUUUGCUACAUCAGGUGAUCUCAAGACACAUGCAUUUCAACACACUGGAAGUGGACCUCACAAAUGUGGUAUCUGUGACAAACGUUUCACUUACUUGAAUACUCUCAAGACACAUGCAUUACUUCAUGUCAGAAAGAAAUUGUAAGUGUGUGUUAGUUUAUGCAAAUAGGUUUUCAUGGUUGGUGCCCUCAAGGCCUAUAAAAUAAUGUAUGUACCAGGGGACAAUAAAUUGUACUUUCGGCGAAAUAACUUUAAAAUCUGGUAGAAUUGUGAAAAAACUUGUAAUGAUGUGUACUAUAGAGUGCUAACAGAUAAUGUGACAAAAAAUUCAUAUCUGUAGCUUCAGAUGUCAAGAAAUGGUGUUACCAAAUACUCAAGAAACAUGAAUCAAAUGUGUUUUUGUCAUUAGCACUGCUGCUUUUUCCUAUUGAUCUUGCAACAAGAAGAUUGUGAAUUGUGAUAAAUCCUUACAUUUGUCAGUAAUCAUAAGUAUCUUGCAAUAUUCAGUAUAAGGCCAAGCAAAUGUGAUGACUUGCUGCUUAAUAUUCCAAACAAAGUCAUCAUGUAGUACUUGUAACUGUAUUUUAGAAACAGUGACAGUAAAAAUAUAUUCAUGACACUUGCUUCAUUGAGGCUAGUAAACUCAAUACUGGAGAAACAUGAUUAUAACAAUUAUUUUACUCAGAUAUGUUUUCGCAAGAGACUUGGUGUGCCAUUAAUAGUGUGUACAUUUAUGUUCUGUUGGUACUAAUCCUGCAUUAGUAAACAUAACAACAAAUAUAAUAACCUGCUUAAUAGCAUGUUUGGCCGCCUUUGGAAUACAGUACUUUGACAAUUCUACGUGAUAUGGUCUUGACACAUCGUUUACAUGCUUCUGGGUGUAUGUUGCACCAGUUGUAUUCCACACGUUCAGAUUACCUAAAUGGUAUGGUCAAGACAUCAGUGUUAGUUACCAUGCUACUCAGACCAUGCACAUGUGACAUGGACAAUUAUCCUGCUGAAAGAUGCCUCCACUAUGGGAGAGCACACCAGGAAUGAAGGAAUGCAUGCAGUUGCAAUGAAUGUCACGUAGUCUGCAACUGUCAUGAUGCCUUCUGUUGCUAACAGAUGUCCCACAGGAGCCAAAGUGACUGCCCCCAAAGCAUAAUGGGCCCUCUAUGUGGUGCCAUUCAUUUAGAUGAUAGCAUAUCUGGAUGUGCAACUUACCUGGUGUAACAGGAAAUGUCACCCAUCCUGACAGUUAACAUUUGAAUUGACCUUCACUCCAGCCUCAAUGAUCCCUUGCACACUGCAGUUGCAAGUGAACAUUUUGGUGGAUUGGUAUGGAAACAUACAGUGACUAUAUGUUCCAGAGCCACACAUUCAACAAUGUACAUUGAACUGUGGGUUCCAAAACGUGUAUGGCUGCCCCAGCGUUGUUUUCUGUCAUUAGAUAUGCCACAUUUUGCCACAUCUCCAGCUUUACAGAGCAGGCAAGCUUCUGACCUCCAUACUUUGUGAAGAAGUAUAGAUGUAUUACAUCUUAUCAUAAUGUGAUGGACUUAUUACCUUUCAGCCACUUUCCUCAGAUGUUCACAACAGUAGCAUAGAUCCAUUGUACCAACUUCACCACUUUUGAGGUUCUAGUUCCCAACUGCAAUGCCACUUUAACUUGCCCUUUGCUAAAGUCAUUUACAUCAUUAAAUGUACAUGUUUGCAGCUCAUCUUACUGAUAGAACAAAAAGUGUAAAUCUCUGGUCUGCUUAUAUACUUGUAAUCUGCUUACUGCAUCAUGUGCAUACAACGUGGCAUUCAUUCGCUUCAUCAACAGUGUUCAUGACAUUUUUGCCCAUCAGUGCAUCUUCAUGUAAAUGGGUCAGAUGCGGAAAUGUGUAAUCUAAGAAAUUCAUCAUGCUUGGUUGUCAUUUACGCUAGUGCACAAUAGCUAUAUUUUUUGUGAAAUAUUUUUGUUUCACAAAGCUCUGUACAUAAUUCAGAGAUAAUAUAGGUAAGUGUUAUCCAACAAAGCUCUUAAUUACUUGUUCAGCAUCAAAUACUGCGAAAGUUCUACAAAAAAAAAAAAAAAAGAAA